GGCGGAAGUACAGCGGCUAACAGGCUAACGGCUGCUAGAGAUUCAAAUGAAAAGAUGAGCAGCUUCAAGAUCUGAUUAUUGAUCUGGUUAUUGAUCUGAUCCGCGGGGGAGCAGACAGGAAUAAUCGAUAUUCAUCCCGGGAAAAUUUCCAGGCUCCAGGAUGUACGCCGUGCACCGGCAGGCCCACACUCCCACCACCGUGGAGUUCUCCGUCUACUGCAACUUCAUCUCCAGCAAGGAGAAGAACCUGGUGGUGGCCGGGACGUCGCAGCUCUGCGUCUACAGGAUCAUCCACGAUGUGGAGAGCUCGUCUAAAGCUGACAAGUCCUCAGAUGCUAAGACCCGGAAGGAGAAGCUGGAGCUGGUGGCGUCUUUCUCCCUGUUCGGGAACGUCAUGUCCAUGGCUAGUGUCCAGCUGGUGGGGGCUAGCAGAGACGCCCUGCUGCUCAGCUUCAUCGACGCUAAGCUGUCGGUGGUGGAGUACGACCCCGGGACCCACGACCUGAAGACGCUGUCGCUGCACUACUUUGAGGAGCCGGAGCUGCGGGACGGCUUCGUCCAGAACGUCCACAUCCCCAUCGUCCGGGUGGACCCGGAGAACCGCUGCGCCGUCAUGCUGGUGUACGGAACCAACCUGGUGGUGCUGCCCUUCAGGAAGGACACGCUGACCGACGAGACGGAGGCCGGGGUCGGGGAGGGGCCCAAGUCCAGCUUCCUGCCCAGCUACAUCAUCGACGUGCGAGAGCUGGACGAGAAGCUGCUGAACAUCGUCGACAUGAAGUUCCUGCACGGCUACUACGAGCCCACGCUGCUCAUCCUGUUUGAGCCCAACCAGACCUGGCCCGGACGUGUAGCGGUGCGCCAGGACACCUGCAGCAUCGUUGCCAUCUCCCUCAACAUCAUGCAGAAGGUUCAUCCAGUCAUCUGGUCUCUCAGCAACCUGCCCUUCGACUGCACCGGAGUCAUGGCUGUUCCCAAGCCCAUAGGAGGGGUGGUGGUGUUUGCGGUGAACUCCCUGCUGUACCUGAACCAGAGUGUUCCUCCCUACGGAGUCUCCCUGAACUCCCAGACCAACGGGACCACGGCCUUCCCUCUACGAGUCCAGGAGGAGGUCCGGAUCUCCCUGGACUGCUCCCAGUCCGACUUCAUCGCCUACGACAAGAUGGUGAUCAGCCUGAAGGGAGGAGAGAUCUACGUUCUGACCCUCAUCACCGACGGCAUGAGGAGCGUCAGGGCCUUCCACUUCGACAAGGCUGCUGCCAGCGUGCUGACCACCUGCAUGGUGACCAUGGAGCCGGGGUUCCUGUUCCUGGGGUCCAGACUGGGGAACUCUCUCCUACUGAAAUACACAGAGAAGCUGCAGGAGACGCCGCUGGAGGACAAGAAGCAGGAGGAACCGCCCAACAAGAAGAAGAGACUGGAGUCUUCCAACUGGACCGACGAGGUGGAUGAGAUCGAGGUUUACGGCAGUGAAGCUCAGUCAGGAACCCAGCUGGCCACCUACUCCUUCGAGGUUUGUGACAGCAUCCUGAACAUCGGCCCCUGUUCCAACGCCUCCAUGGGGGAGCCGGCCUUCCUGUCUGAGGAGUUCCAGAACAACCCAGAACCGGACCUGGAGGUCGUUGUCUGCUCCGGAUACGGCAAGAACGGAGCUCUGUCUGUCCUGCAGAGAUCCAUCCGGCCUCAGGUCGUCACCACCUUCGAGCUGCCCGGCUGCCACGACAUGUGGACGGUCGUCUGCAGCGACGCCCGCGAGGAGAAGAAGGACGGUAAAGGGGACGACUCUGACGAUGGAGGGAAGACGGAGACGGAGGAGGAGAAGGAGGCAGAGAAGGAGGAGAAGACGGAGAAGGAGAAGACGGAUCCUCCGCUGGAGGACGACAACAAGAAACACGGAUUCCUGAUCCUGAGCAGGGACGACUCCACCAUGAUCCUCCAGACGGGGCAGGAGAUCAUGGAACUGGACACCAGCGGCUUCGCCACCCAAGGCCCCACCGUGUUUGCCGGGAACAUCGGGGAGAACCAGUACAUCGUCCAGGUGUCGCCCAUGGGUCUCCGUCUGCUGGAGGGAGUGAAGCAGCUGCACUUCGUGCCUGUGGACCUGGGAUCUCCCAUAGUGCACUGCUCCGUGGCCGACCCCUACGUGGUCAUCAUGACGGCCGAGGGCGUCGUCACCAUGUUCGCCCUGAAGAGUGACUCGUACCUGAAGACGCACCGGCUGGCGCUGCAGAAACCCCAGAUAUCUACGCUCUCCAGGGUGAUCACCUUGUGCGCCUACCGGGACGUUAGCGGCAUGUUCACCACGGAGAACCGGGUCAGCUGCUGCACCAGAGAAGACUCGCUCAGCCGGAACCCAUCGGAGGUGGAGACGGUGAUCCAGGAGCUCAGCAACACCAUGGACGACGAGGAGGAGAUGCUCUACGGAGACUCCAACGCUAACGCUGGACCUGCUAAAGAUGAACCUGGUUCUGGUUCCGGGACCGAGGGAAGUCCCGGGAAGACGGAGCCGAGUCACUGGUGUGUGAUCUGCAGGGAGAACGGAGUCAUGGAGGUGUACCAGCUGCCAGACUGGCGCCUGGUGUUCCUGGUGAAGAACUUCCCGGUGGGCCAGAGGGUUCUGGUGGACUCGUCGUCGGGCCAGUCGGCCUCCCAGGGCGGGGACUCUAAGAAGGAGGAGCUGACCCGGCAGGGAGAGAUCCCUCUGGUGAAGGAGGUGGUUCUGGUGUCGCUGGGACACAACCGGACCCGCCCCUACCUGCUGGUCCACGUGGAGCACGAACUCCUGAUCUACGAAGCUUUCACCUACGACCAGCAGCAGCCGCAGAACAACCUGAAAGUCCGAUUCAAGAAGGUUCCCCACAACAUCAACUUCAGGGAGAAGAAGACGAAGCUGAAGAAGGACAAGAAGGGCGAUGGCGGCGAGGACUCGGGGGUCAGAGGUCGCAUCGCCAGGUUCCGCUACUUCGAGGACAUUUCUGGCUACUCGGGGGUCUUCAUCUGCGGCCCGUCGCCACACUGGAUGCUAAUCACCUCCCGCGGCGCCAUGAGGCUCCACCCCAUGACCAUCGACGGCCCCAUCGAGUCCUUCUCCCCCUUCCACAACAUCAACUGCCCCAAGGGCUUCCUCUACUUCAAUAAACAGGGGGAGCUGAGGAUCUCCGUCCUCCCCACCUACCUGUCCUACGACGCCCCCUGGCCCGUCAGGAAGAUCCCGCUCCGCUGCACCGUCCACUACGUCUCCUACCACGUGGAGUCCAAGGUUUACGCCGUCUGCACCAGCGUGAAGGAGCCGUGCACCCGUAUCCCCCGCAUGACGGGAGAGGAGAAGGAGUUCGAGACCAUCGAGAGAGACGAUCGUUACAUCAACCCUCAGCAGGAGAAGUUCUCCAUCCAGCUCAUCUCCCCGGUGAGCUGGGAGGCCAUUCCUAACGCCCGCAUGGACCUGGAGGAGUGGGAACACGUCACCUGCAUGAAGACGGUGGCUCUGCGGAGCCAGGAGACGGUGUCGGGCCUGAAGGGCUACAUCGCUGCAGGAACCUGCGUCAUGCAGGGGGAGGAGGUCACCUGCAGGGGGAGGAUCCUGCUCCUGGACGUGAUCGAGGUGGUUCCAGAACCGGGUCAACCCCUCACCAAGAACAAGUUCAAGAUUCUGUACGAGAAGGAGCAGAAAGGACCGGUGACGGCGCUGUGUCACUGCCACGGAUACCUGGUGUCGGCCAUCGGCCAGAAGAUCUUCCUGUGGGCCCUGAAGGACCAGGACUUGACGGGGAUGGCGUUCAUCGACACGCAGCUCUACAUCCACCAGAUGAUCAGCAUCAAGAACUUCAUCCUGGCGGCCGACGUGAUGAAGAGCAUCUCGCUGCUACGCUACCAGGAGGAGAGCAAGACGCUAUCGCUAGUUAGCAGGGACGCGAAGCCGCUGGAGGUUUACAGCAUUGAGUUCAUGGUGGACAACAACCAGCUGGGCUUUCUGGUGUCGGAUAGAGACAAGAACCUGUUUGUGUACAUGUACUUACCUGAAGCUAAGGAGAGUUUUGGCGGGAUGCGUCUGCUCCGCCGCGCCGACUUCAACGCGGCCGCUAACAUCAACGCCCUGUGGAGGAUGCCCUGCCGGGGAGCCCUGGAGCAAGGCAGCAAGAAGAGCCUGACCUGGGACAACAAGCACAUCACCUGGUUCGCAACGCUGGACGGCGGCGUGGGCCUCCUCCUGCCGAUGCCGGAGAAAACGUACCGGCGGCUGCUGAUGCUGCAGAACGCUCUGACCACCAUGUUACCUCACCACGCCGGGCUCAACCCCAAGGCCUUCAGGAUGAUGCAGAGCGACCGGCGCAGCCUCCAGAACGCGGUGAGGAACAUCCUGGACGGAGAGCUGCUCAACAAGUACCUGUACCUGAGCAUGAUGGAGCGCAGCGAGCUGGCCAAGAAGAUCGGAACCACGCAGGACAUCAUCCUGGACGACCUGCUGGAGGUCGACAGAGUCACGGCUCAUUUCUGAGCACAGUUCUGGUCCCGACCCGGAGGACCUGGACCUGGUUCUGGAUCUGGUCCCGACCCGGAGGACCUGGAUCUGGUCCCGACCCGGAGGACCUGGAUCUGGUCCCGACCCGGAGGACCCGGAUGUGGAUCUGGUCCCGACCCGGAGGACCAGGGAGACCCGGGAGACCCCAGACCGGACCGUAGAAACCCGUUUCCUCGCUAGGAGGAAGGAAUGUUUUCUUAUUGAUUUUGUAAUAAAACUUCAAACACUCA